AUGCUCUCCCCAGCCAAGACAUUGGUCAAGGUUGUAGACGCCAGAGGAGAGCUGAUCACCGUUAGCAUGGCAGAUGGCAGGCUGGAGCCGAGAGCUUCGCACAAGGAACUCUGUGCAGUCUUUUGCACACCGCCGUCGACGUGGUGGAACGAUGUGCACUACGCUUGCAGCACCAUCCAGCUGUGCACGACCAGGGACGAAGCUGAGCAUUAUCACGAGCGCCACGGUUUUGGGAAAGGUGACGUGAUGGAUGUCGAAACUCUCUGGAAGCUCUCCGUGGCUUGGUACGGCGACAAGCACACAUACGAAUACGCACGAAAGACGCCCGAGGAAGUCAAGGAUCUGUACAGCAGCCUGGGACUGGUAUCCAGUUAUUGGUCAAGCUAG